AGGGGGAGCCCCGGCCCCGGCCCGAGGCCGUCGGCUGCUGGGCUCCCCACACCACCAUGUUCUCGGUCCUCUCCUAUGGCAGACUGGUAGCCCGGGCAGUCCUGGGUGGCCUGUCGCAGACAGACUCUCGAGAUUACAGCCUGGUGACUGCGAGCUGUGGCUUCGGCAAGGACUUCCGCAAGGGCAUCUUGAAGAAGGGCAUGUGCUACGGGGAUGAUGCCUGCUUCGUGGCCCGGCACCGAUCUGCAGAUGUACUAGGAGUAGCAGAUGGCGUUGGGGGCUGGCGCGACUACGGCGUUGACCCGUCUCAGUUCUCAGGGACUCUCAUGCGCACUUGUGAACGCUUAGUGAAGGAGGGACGCUUUGUACCGAGCAAUCCUGUUGGAAUUCUCACCACAGGUUACUGUGAGCUGCUGCAGAACAAAGUACCUUUACUUGGGAGCAGCACAGCUUGCAUUGUAGUUCUGGAUCGGACGAGUCAUCGUUUACAUACGGCAAAUUUGGGGGAUUCAGGCUUUUUGGUAGUCAGAGGUGGAGAAGUAGUACACCGGUCCGAUGAACAGCAACACUACUUCAACACUCCGUUCCAGCUGUCAAUAGCACCGCCUGAAGCUGAAGGAGUUGUCUUCAGUGACAGCCCAGACGCUGCAGACAGUACUACCUUUGAUGUCCAGCUGGGAGACAUCAUUCUGACAGCCACAGAUGGCCUCUUUGAUAACAUGCCUGACUAUAUGAUCCUUCAGGAGCUGAAGAAGCUAAAGAAUUCGAAUUAUGAAAGCAUACAGCAGACGGCAAGAAGUAUCGCUGAACAAGCUCACGAACUGGCAUAUGACCCAAAUUACAUGUCUCCCUUCGCACAGUUUGCCUGUGACAAUGGAUUGAAUGUAAGAGGUGGAAAGCCAGAUGACAUCACCGUCCUCCUUUCUAUAGUCGCUGAAUAUACAGACUGAUUUGUUGAAAGCAUCUGCUUUUGAUGACACGUUUCCUACCGUUCCCAGCUUCUCACGGACUGUUUCCUGCUGGCAGGAUGUCUUUCUCUGCAGUUGAUCUCAGUGGCUAUUACGUGUUACGUCUAUUGCCUGUUUUAAGAUGCAGUCAAGGUCUCUGUCCAGAACCACUACUGGAGUACACUGGGGUACAUCUGCCAGCAAGAAAUGAAGAAUUUCAAUACUUGAAGCUUGUCUUUUCAAAGUUUAGUAGUAAAUAUCGCAUAAUGGGGAGGGGAAGAAAUAAUCAUGACGAUGGCUCUGAGGAAAUUAAGCAGCAAAUAAGUAGAUUUGGCUGUUUGUGAUUCAAAACUAGAUGUGUUAUUUAAAACUGAUAAAGAGAACCUCCAUGAGGACACAAGUAUAUUGCUAGAAAAAGCCCAUUUUUCAUCUGUGAGUGGUUGCAAAGCAUCCUAUAACUAGCAUAGUAUGUUCAAAUAAUAGUUGAGGCUUGUGUUUAUAUGAAUUCUCCAGAGGCUUCGAAGUGCUGUGAGCCUCUUGGUAUUUAUGGUAUUGGCUCAGGAGCUUUGUCUGUUACUAAAUUUGAAACACAGAAUUACUUUGUGAAAUGUGUUGUGCAUGUAUGCAAGGGAGAGGAAGUGAGAGAGGCUGAAGGUGCUUAACAGUUAUACGGAUGAACGUUCAGCAUAUCAUUUGUUCACAUGGGGCCCUCUGUGAGCUAGAUUUUCCUUCUGGAUUUUUUUUUUUCAAUCUUUCAGUUGUAAUGAAAUCUGAAGAAACUGGGGUAUUUGAGAGUUUGAGAUGGCAUGUUACCUGCACAAGUAUCAUCUGAUCUUGGUUUAUGUGCUGUGGUAGUUAGGACCAAGGAGAUGUAUUUAAGUGGAUAAUCCUGGGCAAGCAAUCUUCCCUUUCAAAUUUGAGGAACUUUGUGAUGUUUCAGAGUCCACAUCUCUAUUUGUGCUCCUGCAAAUAAUAGCAAUUGUAACAUGGGCAAAAUGCUGAACAAACAGCAUUUCCACUUUAGUAGUUGGUAUCUAGGAUUCCCAGAAUGAACUUCCAUGAUGUUUACAGGUAUCUAAUAGCCAUUUAGCAAUAUAGCAUUUCCUUUCAUUUACAGUCAAUCCAGUUUCUUCAGUAGCUGCAAUCUUCCCUUCUCCCUCUUUUUUUUCUUUUAAGCUCAUGUAAAAACCAAUAGCUGUAAAGAUAUAAAUAUAUAUAUUUUGGUCAGUUUUUCAUAACUUUUUUGCUGGUAGAGAAGUACUUAGAAAUGAAAAGCCAUGUUUUAUAUAGCAGUUGGGUAAUGUUGAUAUUUAGUUGAUGAACUUGGCCAGUAAAGCAAUCUUACCUCCUUCAAGAAUAAAAAGGGGUUUUUACUGCCAGGUUUAUUGUAUUAAAACUGUAAGUUUGAGGUUACCUCAGCCUGUUUUAAAUAUUUUUGUGGUUGUACUGUAUAUUUGCAUAAUCGUGUCAAGCUUUUAUUUAUAAUUAUGUAACAUGUACCAUGUACAUGUCACUGUUUCAGUGCAUCCUGCUUCUAACAGGCAUUUCAUUUACCAUGAGAAUGGGCGAAAUCAUUUGGAAGCUGUUAAAUCUACCUUUUUUAAAAAAUUGGCAUGAUGAUUUUUCUUAAAUCACCUUUAAUUUCUUGUCAGAAUGCCUUAACAAUUUAGCUUGACAAAAUGGAUUUUUAGGGGGCAUGGAUACAGGGUGGAAUAAAAAGAAAUGAAGAAAAUAAUAGUGCUCUAAUUCAGAAACGUGGCAAAUAAUCACUUUGCACAGACCAUUUCAAUCUCUUGUAUACUACUUUAGCUGAACAAGUUGUACCUGUGUAUCUUCAAUUAGAAGGAAUGUAUUAAUGCUGCAGUACCUGGCUUCUUUUCUGCUUUGCGAAAGGAGCAGUUAUCCCUCAAUUUGGAUUUUCUUUGCAUUUUUAAAUCACCAGUAUUCACGCUCAUUAGAACAAGCAUUUGAUUACUAACUGCCUCCCUCCCUGCCCUAUCCUUUUGGUGUGUAGGCCUCUUCCUGACUUGGUGCCUCCACAUAACAGGAUGGAGAAUCUCUUCCAGGCUUUCUGUAACUACAAAAGUGGAUGUCCACCACUUGCUUCUCUUGCAUGCUGAGGUGGUCACGGCCUGGAGCCCUUUUCCACUGUUCAGAGUCUGGAAUCUUGCUUCCUGUUCACGAUUGGUUGAACUGUAACAUUUAGUAGAAUUUGACUGCCAGCAUUGCUUUGCUUAGAGCAGUUCCUAGUCAAGCAGUAUGUAUAAAGCCAUUUGUCUUUUACCACAUUUUUAAUGAUCAAAUUGAGUUUUUAAACUUGCAGAUACUAAGUCCCUCUCCCCCUUCACUGGACACCAAAGACCAGUACAGUUUAUAGCUUUUGCCAUCUGUUUUUAAAGCAAUAUUGUAUUAUAAAGAAUAUUUCUAUUGCACGCUUGAUUUUUUUUCCCAUGUUAAGAUGUGCACUCAAACAUAUUAGAGCCUAAUUUCUUCCUACGAACUUAAGCUGUCUGCGCACAAAUAUUUUUUACAAAAGGAAAAGGCAGGGCUCACUACUUUGUUAAAAUAACCUUUACCAGUACUCAGAGCAGUAGUUUCCUAGGAACUUGGAGCUAUGAUUUGGCAAAGCGAAGGCAUUCCAUUUUGUGUUCUCUUAAAUUGGAAACACAUAGAUGGAGACUUGAGAACUUAAAACUGCAAAAUUGCUUUAUAGAGAAUGGAAGAAACGAUUUUGCAUCGCAUCAACCUACUUCACUAAUUAAUGCUAUAGCAGCAGAAGGAGUUGCCUUCUGGGGAUGCCUACAACUGUGUUGCUAAGUUUAUAGAUAUGAAGAGGUAGGCUAAUGUGAUCUGUCCACAUGAAAGAGUUGGGUGUCCGGGGUUCCUUGUUACUUUAGCUGUCUUGGGGAGAACGGAAGUGGCAUUCCGGAGUGGUGUGGAGUGGAAUGUUGUAAACUGAAUGAAUGAUUCUGGAGUUGGGCGUGGGACAAUGUUUGCUCAUUCCUUCCUACCCCCCCUCCAGAACGACAUGUGAGGAAGUGCUGCAAGGGGAAAGAACACCCCUCCCUCCAGCGGAGAGCCUACUUCAGUAGAUCGCAAUUCUCUCUGGCAUCAAGAGGAGCUCUUCUGUUGGCAGAGGGGGAAACCUGCAUCCAAGCUCCUGUUUCCCCUCAAGAUUAGCUAUUUCUGCAAAAAAUAAAAUAGGAAGAACAGCCUAAAAUCUGGGACCAGAUUGGAUAUGGACAUAACUGUCCACAGUGAAAACAAAGAAGAUACUGUGAUUAGAAUUGCUAUUUGGGUGUUGGGUUGCUUUCCCAUAGGAAAGCAGUCCAACAGUGCUUUCCUACAAAUAUCUACUCAGAAGUAAAUCCCAUUGAAUUGGAUGGGACUUAAUUUUCAAGUGAAUACGUAUAGGAUUAGAGCCUAAAUUUAGAAAUGGACUCUUAAUCUUGCCUGACAAAGCAAGCUAAUCUAACGAGGAUGCUUUUUUUCUUGUCAAAUGAGACUAUCGUUACCUGUGCUUACCUAAAAGGCAAUUAUGUGAGUUGGAUGUCUGAAGUAUAAUUUGCGCAAGAAUAGUAUCUGUAAAUACAUUUAAAUGAACUGUAAAGAUAUUUAAUAAAUAUAGUAUUUAUACAAUA